CCCAAAUCAAUACAUGCACACAUUAUGAAGCCGCGUCCAUUCCAAAACCACUAUAAAGAGUUCACUAGUCUGCAAUCACAUAACAAAAACAAAGACAUAAUACUUACUCCCUUAAAACAAAAGCAAUAUGGAAGAUUCAAGCUUUACGGAUUUGAUGAUUGACACUGACGAGUACUUGAUUGAUGAUUGGGAAUCUGAUUUCCCGGUGGUACAAGGAGAAACUUUGGAUCAUCCGAACACAGAAACGGGUUCUGGGUCCGAAUCCGGAUUCAUGUUGAUACCCGAGCGACCUACAAAACAACUGAAAGUCAACUCAACAUCAUCUUCUUCUCCAUCUUCAUCUUCUUCAUCUGGUUCCCUCACAACGCCGCAAGUGAUCUCGUUCGGGGCUCCAGACCCGAAGAUGAACGUGGUCGAGACAUCUUUUAACUUCUCCAACCAAGCAAACAUGGAUCAAAAUGUUGGGUCCAAAAGAAAAGAGUGUAGUAAUAAUGGAGGAAAAAGAGAGCCACAUCUAUUGAAAGAACAUGUUUUGGCUGAACGUAAACGUAGACAAAAGCUCAACGAACGUUUGAUUGCUCUCUCUGCUCUUCUUCCUGGCCUCAAAAAGGCUGACAAGGCAACUGUUCUUGAAGACGCGAUCAAACAUUUAAAACAACUUCAAGAACGCGUAAAGAAGUUGGAGGGAGAGCGAGUGGGAACAAAUAAAAUGGAUCAAUCGGUUAUAUUGGUGAAGAGAUCUCAAAUUUACGUGGACGAUGAUUCUUCAUCUUAUUCUUCGACUUGCUCUGCAGCUCCUCCUCCGUCUUCGUCUAUAGACGAAGUUUCAAUCUUCAAGCAGACUAUGCCUAUGAUCGAAGCUCGAGCUUCAGACAGAGAUUUGUUGAUUAGGAUCCACUGUGAGAAGAAAAAAGGGUGUAUAAUCAAGAUCUUGAGUUCAUUGGAGAAGUUUCGUCUUGAAGUAGUCAAUAGUUUUACUUUACCCUUUGGAAGUUCUACUCUCGUGAUCACCAUUCUCUCUAAGAUGGACAACAAAUUUUCUAGGCCUAUUGAAGAGGUGGUGAAGAACAUAAGACUUGCGUUAACGGAAUAGUAUUUUGCAAAACCGUUAUGUGAAUUUCGCAAUGAUUAAAACGUGUGAUUGGGAUGUGUCGAGUGUAAUAGCUGGAUUAGUGUGUGUACUUAAUGAUGGCUGUAUCAUUGGUUUGAUAUUUUCCCUAAUAUCAGUAGUUUGUUUUAAUAACCAAGGUUGAACAGUUUUUUAUUGGUUUCUUGGGACCAAGAAAUCUCCGCUUGAUUAUGACUUCACAACUAAGCUUAAAUCAAAUAAUGUAUGACUAUCAUUAAUUACAUAUCUAAAUACUUGGUCCACGUUUGAUAAGAAAAAAUACGGAAGAAAUUAGUUGG